AUGGCAACCAGUGACGCGACCGGAAGCCCGGCGGUGUUCGCUUCGUUGUCGGAGCCGACAGCCUUCACGGCCGCAUCCGACCUUACCAUCGACUGGUCGGCUAGCAGCGGCGGCCGCGUGGCGAGGCCAUCGUCCCGGCGGCGGCCGAGGGCCUCCAGAAGGGCCCCCGUCACCAUGCUGAACACCGACACCGCCAAUUUCCGGGCGAUGGUGCAGCAGUUCACCGGCGUCCCGUCCGGUCCCUAUUCCUCGGGUUAUCGGCGCGGCGGUGGGCCGGUCGUCACCUUUGGUCGCAGUUCCAGCGAUCCGGUUCGCGAGACGGUGACGGUGUUCCCGGAGCAACACUACCGACCGCAGCAGCAGCGAUAUCAGUAUUCGGAGACAGCAUUUAGCGUUAGCAGCAACUACAGCGAUGCAUUUCUUCAAGAGCUCACCACCAAUUCCGCGAUGAGUUCGGAGACGGCUGAUGGCUUCUUGUUCGAAGGCCUAUCGAGUCAAAGCACGGUGAGGCCAACCUCUGUGAACAGCAAGCUCGAUCGUUACUUGUUGUGA